AUUUGCAGGAAAAGAAGAGAAAAAAAAAAUAACAGAAGACUUUGGUGGCGAAGGUUUUAGUGUGUUUGGAGAAGAAAUGUAGAAAAGAAAGUGAGAAUCUGGGUGCUGUGCGCGUUGAUUGUUGUUGUUGAAUUCAAAUUUGGCUUCUUUUUUCUUUUUCGUCACCACACUUGUUAUAAAGACCAACCAAAUUUUCUCCUUCUUCUCAUCUACUUUCUUACUGCUUCAUUUUUCCUCUCUUCUUAACACAACAACAUAGUCAACAUAAUCUCUGUUUUCUUCUUGCUUCCAACUUCAUUCAUUAAUGGCUCAUCAUACCUCAUCAGAUCAUUCCAAUUAUCUCAGAAAAGAAGAGUGCAAGGAAACAGGUUCACUGGUUGUUUGUUUUGGGGAAAUGUUAAUAGACUUUGUUCCGACCGUGGGAGGAGUAUCGCUGGCCGAAGCACCUGCUUUCAAGAAAGCUCCCGGUGGAGCUCCUGCAAAUGUAGCUGUUGGUAUCUCUAGAUUGGGAGGUUCAUCUGCUUUUAUGGGCAAGGUUGGAGCAGAUGAAUUUGGGUACAUGCUGGCAGACAUUUUAAAGCAGAACAAUGUUGAGACUUCUGGCAUGCGGUUUGACUCUAAUGCAAGAACUGCAUUAGCUUUUGUGACACUUAGAGAAGAUGGUGAACGUGAAUUCUUGUUUUUCCGCAAUCCAAGUGCUGAUAUGCUCCUUCAAGAAUCAGAACUUGAUAAAAAUCUCCUAAAGCAGGCUAGAAUAUUCCAUUAUGGCUCCAUCAGCUUGAUUGAUGAACCAUGCAAGUCAGCUCACCUUGCUGCUAUGAGAAUAGCCAAAAACUCUGGUUGCAUUCUCUCUUAUGAUCCAAAUUUGAGACUGGCUCUAUGGCCUUCAGCUGAUGCUGCUCGGAAAAGCAUAAUGGAUAUAUGGGAUCAGGCUGAUGUCACAAAGAUAAGUGAGGAUGAAAUUACAUUUUUGACUGGAGGUGACGAUCCUUAUGACGAUAAUGUUGUUUUGAAGAAACUUUUUCAUCCAAAUCUCAAGCUUUUAAUCGUUACGGAAGGGUCACAGGGUUGCAGAUAUUACACCAAAGCAUUUAAGGGAAGGAUUGGAGGUGUUAAAGUCAAACCUGUAGACACAACUGGUGCUGGUGAUGCAUUUGUUAGUGGGAUUUUAUACAGUAUAGCUACUGAUCAAACUAUUUUUCAGGAUGAGAAACGUCUUAGGAAGGCUUUAUAUUUUGCCAAUAUAUGUGGUGCACUCACUGUGACUGAGAGAGGUGCAAUUCCUGCACUUCCUACAAGGGAAGCUAUCUUGCAAUUCUUACUAGAAGCAGCUGUAAUAUAACACAAUUCACAUAUUUUUGUUAUAAUUUGUUGUUAAACUACAGUUUAGGAGAUUCUGAGCUUUUUUCCUUUUUCUGUUUAAAUCUCUUGACUCUGUAAUUCUCUUAUUAAAUUCAAGUUGCCUUUU